GCUGAAAGCGAAAAUUCAUAACUGCAGCUUAAGCACUGGGCGGGCCUGCUGCGCGCGGACUGUCCGCCUGUGAGUGCUUUGGGACGGGAGAGGAGCCCACGGCAGCCCCCGUCGCUCCGUGAGAAAAGACACUCGCAAUGGAGUCUCUGACAGCCGCAAACACCCGCUUCUCGCUGGAUCUCUUUACGAAGAUUAGUAGCGGUAACAAGGACAAUGUCAUCUUUUCACCAUUCAGCCUUUCCUCCGCCCUGGCCAUGGUGUACUUGGGGGCUCGGGGUGACACGGCCGCUCAGAUGGCGCAGACUCUGCAUUUUCACAAAGCUGAGGAAGAUGUUCACGUUGGAUUCAGCCAGCUGUUGUCCUUGCUUAACAAACCUGGGGCCCCAUAUUCACUGAGCAUUGCCAACCGCUUGUUUGGAGACGAGUCUUAUCAGUUUGUUGAGAAAUUCCUUACUGACAGUAAUAGACACUACAAGGGUGAACUGGAGCCUGUUAACUUCCGAUCAGACGCCGAGGCAGCCAGGGUGAACAUUAACACCUGGGUGGAGAAGCAGACAAACGAAAAAAUCAAGAACUUGCUGACUCCAGGGAUGCUUGACCCCUCGACUAGACUUGUGCUGGUAAAUGCCAUCUAUUUCAAGGGUAACUGGCAGAGAAGAUUUGAUCCUGCAAAAACAAGGGAAAUGCCCUUUAAAAUAAACAAGUUUUUGCUCUGGAAGAAGAGUGUGCCAGUGAUGAUGAUGUGCCAAAAAGACGGCUUUGGUUUAUCUGACAUUCCAGAGGCCAAGUGUAAGGUUCUGGAGAUGCCCUAUGUGGAUAAUGAGCUCAGCAUGCUCAGCAUGCUCAUCAUGCUACCAAAUGAGGUCAAUGGGCUGGAGGAGGUAGGUCUGAAUGACAGAAGUUGCUAUGAAAAAGUGUCGACCUCUAAAUCAGAGUAGGGGUCUCUUGGCAUU